UCCGAGGGAGUUAGGAACUCUGAUGGCACUCCGUGCCGUUCUCCUGCUUCGUCACUCCGGCAAGACACUCACCCUCACCUCUUCGUGGUCAUGUUCGCGGCGCGCCACACUCUCUUCCGCUUCCUGUUGCUGCCGACAAAGGAAGCAAGCUCCGGCGCCGCCGCCGCCGUCCCCGAAGAAGGUGCCGUUCAGAGUUUUGGUUCACGGGAAGACGCUAGAAGAUCCAUAUCAUUGGAUGUCCAACACCGACGAUCCCAAUCUGUUGGACCAUCUCCACCGCGAAAAUUCCUACGCCGAAGCCUUCAUGGCUGACGCCCUCCCUCUGCAGUCUGCCUUGGCUUCCGAGAUGAAACGACGAAUCCCCGCCGCCGUUUCCACUCCCCCGGAGCGUUGGGGACCCUGGAUGUAUUACCAAUACAUUCCAGAGGGAAAGGAAUAUCCUGUACUGUGUAGGAAGCUGGAAAAUGAGAGCAGUGGUUGGCUGGCGGCUUUUCGUCGUUAUGGAUUGGCUAGACCAGAAAGGGAGGAAAUUUUGCUUGACUGGAAUGAACUUGCAGAGAAAUAUGGGUAUGUCCAUGUUGGUACAUGUAGGGUUUCACCAGACCACAACUAUCUUGCAUUCACAGUUGAUAUUUCUGGGGCUGAGCAGUUCAUGCUUAAAGUUAAAGACCUCAGAACUGGAUUGAUAGACCCAAAGUUGGCAGCUGAUGGUGUUGUUAGCCUGGCAUGGGCUCGAGAUGCAACUUCUUUGUUUUAUACUCUGUCAGAUGAAAACCAGAGACCUUACAGAGUUCUAUGCAGAAGACUUGGAUGCGGUCCUUCGAAUGACCUCCCAGUAUUUACAGAAAGUGAUCCCAGUUUUUGUGUUGACAUAACAAGCACAAAGGAUAGCAAGUUCAUAACUGUGAAUUCAAACUCAAGGACAUCAUCCGAGGAAGGAACUUAUAUAUCUCCUUUUGUUUAUGUUAUAAAUUCAGCCAAUCCAAUGGAAGGGAUACAAAGGAUAUGUAAACGUACUUCUGGUGUACAGUACUUUGUGGAACAUCACACUGGUUUAUUUUAUAUCCUUACCAACUCUCCAAUGCCCGAUUCUAAGUGGUCUGGUGAUGGUUACUACCUGGUCAGAUGUCAAGUUGAAGAUAUAGAGUCAACUAAAUGGCUGAACGUCAUCCUCCCUGAUGAUGAUACGAGCAUACGUGACAUGGACAUUUUUAAUGGACAUUUGGUUCUUUCCCUCAAUAAAAGAGGUUUUCCUUUGUUGUGUUCCUUGAAUCUUCCCAUGCAAAGUGAUUUGAAGUAUCAGGUAUAUAUUGCAGACCUGAAACCAUGGUACUUUCCUCAGCCAUCUAGCUCAUGCAGUGCGAUUCCUGGUUCAAAUCAUGACUUUCUGAAUUCAGAGUAUCGUGUGGUGCUCUCAUCACCUGUGAUGCCUGAUGUAAUUGUUGAUUAUGACAUGUCAAGACAUACAUAUUCAGUUGUGCAGCAAGAGGAAGUAAAUUGUGUUUCUACUGGCCAGUUUUGCAUUCAAUCUUUGGAGCUACAUGAGAAUAAAAUUCAUGAGGCAUAUAAUAAGAAAGAAUGUAUCAUGAAUUCUGAAUCACAGAUUUGGAAGGACCUUUCUCGAAUAUACUGUUUGCAGAGGGAGGAAGUUAUUUCUCAUGAUGGUGUAAAGGUUCCACUUACCAUUGUGUACUCGAGAGAAUCGUGGCAGCAGUAUAAAUCCCCAGGUCUUUUAGUAGGUUAUGGAGCUUAUGGAGAAGAUUUGGAUAAGGGCUGGUGUUCAGAUCGGCUUAGUUUACUGGAUCGAGGUUGGGUAGUGGCAUUUGCUGAUGUCAGAGGAGGUGGUGGUGGUAAUUCGUCAUGGCACAGGUCUGGGAGUGGGUUAAACAAGCACAAUUCAAUACUUGACUUUGUAUCUUGUGGUAACUAUCUAGUUAGUGAGGGUUAUGUUCAGAGUGAUCAGCUUGGUGCCAUUGCAUGGAGUGCAGGCUGUGUUGUUGUUGGUGCAGCUAUGAACAUGUAUCCACAACUCUUCCGUUCUGCCAUAUUAAAGGUACCAUUUCUUGAUGUAUGCAACACAUUGUUGGAUCCUAGUUUGCCCCUCACAGUCUUAGACUAUGAAGAAUUUGGAAAUCCGAAAAUACAGUCAAACUUUGAUUCUAUUUUUAGUUAUUCUCCUUAUGACAACAUUCCUCGACGCAGUUGCUUUCCUUCUGUUUUGGUUACAGUGGCAGUCAAUGAUUCAAGGGUUGGAGUUUGGGAAGGUGCAAAGUGGGUGGCUAAAGUACGAGACAGUACAUGUCCUAAUUGUUCUCGUUCAGUUAUCAUGAAAACAAGUAUGAUAGGAGGUCAUUUUGGCGAAGGUGGUCACCAUAGUCAAUGUGACGAAACAGCUUAUGAGUAUGCUUUCCUCAUGAAAACUUUUGGGAUCUUAAAGGAUUAAGUAAAUUUUACGACUAUGGCUGUUGGAAGGUUAUUUUUUAAUUAGUUUGAAGAGUUCCAUUUCUAGGCCAAGGAAGACAAAUUGUUUCUAUCCUUAGCACAAAGCAAGAAUUAGGCCUUGGAGAUUCAGGUACGAUUUGCUGCACUCUUCCAAGAUAUGCAAUUGUAUGUUUGCUGGAGUUAGCAACAUAAUGUUAAAUGCUUUCUAUUCUUUUGAUAUGAAGAGACCUCGUAAACUAACUUGGAAAGUUAAAUAUUUUACUGUGGAGAAACUUCCUUUCUGUGUUCACUCUGCAAAAUCCUCCAACCCUGUGAGGUGGCGAUGGAACCGGAGAUUGUGAUAGACCCGGAUUACGGAUUGUGUUUCCCAUUUGCUAAUUUAGAUAUGUAUUUUUAGAAUUUGCCAUUGGACUUUGGAUUAUGGACUUUUGAUACUUGAAAAAGACGCGUGUUUGUCUAUUAGAUAAUUCUAAGUCUAGGUCUAGUUUUCUUGAUAGAAUUGUUGAGUUAAUCACCCAUUCACCAUGCACAACCAGAAAUAUUGUCACUUUAGUUAAUGUAAAAAAAUGUGACUAUAUUAUUAUCACAUGAAUCUUUCAUUGACUAAAUUGCAUAUACACUCUAUUGC